AUGGACUUGCCUUGCCCACACCCUCUCCGCUUUCCUGUUACCUACCCGUGGUCGUCUCCAUAUUGUCGUCACGUUGGGUUACUCCAAAUCGAGUAUCCCGUCGUCGUCACAUCCUUGAGAUGCUGUGGGGCUGGAGUGCCGGACAACGGAAAGCUUUGGCUGUCCAAGCUUUCAACGUUGAAAUUUCCGCGGUCGCAUCUACUGUCACACGCUAGAUGGAUCCUUGAAGCUUAG